AUGGUACUUUCCUCCCGUAUCAAGCAAUACUUUGCACCUCUAGCACCCAAGCUUGAAACCAAGAUCUUUGUACACCUUAUGCGACAUGGUGAGGCGUACCACAACCUAGGACACUUCGAUGGCAAGAUAAAUCUGGAAUCCUACAAUAUUCUCGAUCCUCGUCUCACUGUGGAGGGUUUACGACAAGUUGGAUUUGCUCGAAAGGAGAUGGCAAAACGCUGCCCGGUCCCUAAUAUUGUUCUCACAUCUCCUCUCAUUCGCACGGUCGAGACUGCUCUUCAUGUCUUUCCUAUCAGCAACAAUGGUAGUUUUUCUCAUCGACCUCGAAUCGUUGCCUAUGAUGAUUUAAGGGAGAGUGGAGCUUAUUUUUGCAACGUCCGUCAGGAAAUUUUUGACUUAAAAACACAAUUUCAUCAUAUGGGAGUCGAUUUUACUGCUUUGUCACCUGUCAUCCCGCCUUUGAAAGGUGCCAUUCGUGCAACACAGCGUGCGGAGAUCGUUCGGAAGGAGAUCUCGAGAAUUGCGAGGAUUAUACGCAAGGGCGGUGGGUUUUGGAAGGGGGUCUAUAUAGGAAGUGCUAUUGCGCAGACUUUUGGGUGGCGUCUAUGGACAAAGGCUAGGGGGGAUACACAUAUUGUGGUGAUCUCUCAUGGGUCUUUUAUGAAGAGUUUAUUGCCAUCAUCUCACACAACCCGACGAGUCUGGAAGAAAUUUAAACCAGGAGAGGUGAGGACAUACGUUUUGAAUGCAGAUGGUCAAUUAAACGAAACCGCAGAAUCUAAAAGCAUUAGAAGUAAGAUUACUACCGUUUCACAAAAGGUCAGUAAUAUAAAUUUACUAGUAGGAUCUUACUUCCAACCGUCAUCUUCCUCCAUCGAGAGAGCCAUUGGGCUAAAUAUUAAUGUAGGGCAAAGAUGUUGA